AUGAAUAAAAAUGAUAAUAUACAGAUGGUACCAAUGAGUGAUAACGCAGAGGAUCAUGUUAAUGUCAAGCCAUUAAAUGGGGACGAAUCGUCUGCUGCAAAUAACAUUAAUACAAGUAUCUAUGGUGAGAAUAAGCUCAAUAUUACUAAAACCAACGAACUAGGAUCUUCAAUUAUUAAAGAAUAUCUUGAAUUUGAACCACUUAAAAUUAGUCUCUACGAGCUAAUUAUGAGGCAAUUGAUGGAUGACGGAUUAACAGAGGUAGCUCAAUUAUUACAUAUUAAAACAAAAACCUGCAUCCCAAUACAUCUAAACAAGAAUAGUUUGUACAAUCUUUACAAAACUGUUACAUAUCUUCCAAUGGAUUUGAGACAGGGAAAUCACGAAAACAAUGAAAAUAAUGAUCUUUUGGAAUUAAAAAGUACUAAUUAUGUUAAAAGAAUUGAAUCGGUAUUACCACAUUUAGAAAAUUUAACAAAACAAUGGGUACCCAUAAGACCAAAAUCACGAUUUUUAUAUUAUUAUAAGAAAAAAGGUAAUUAUUCCAAUGGAAUAAUGAAAUCUUAUCGUUUUGACAUUACUGAGAAUAUACAAAAUUCAAAUAAUCAUUCUGAAGAUAUAAAAAAUGAGAAAGAAAAGAGUCAAAUAAUUAAGGAUGUUAGUAUGAAGGAAGAAAAUCAAAAUGAAAAAACAUCAGAAAAAAACAACAAAGAGUUUUAUUUUCUUGAAAAUUUGUCCAAAAUCAAAUUACAAGAUUCUUGGAAUGCUAUUCCAAACAUUUCUGUCAACUUUAGAGGAAAUAGUGUGUUAUCUAAUCAUAGACCAUAUUGUAGAGCUUUGGCUGUGAACCCUAAUGGUGGAUAUAUAGCUACAGGAGGAGCUGAUGGUAUUGUAAAAAUUGUUCCAGCACCUUCACAAGGUGUAAAUGGGACAUUUAAUUCUUCAAUUUUUGGAAUUGGAACUAAUUCUAGCAUAUCGUCUCAGCAAAAAACAUUUACUGAAAGUAAAGGCAUUAUUACAUCUUUAGAGUAUCGUAUUAGAAAAGAUAUACUUAUUUCUGGAGAUACUGAUUCCACCUUAAUUAUAUAUGAUGUUAAAGGAAUAACAGGAGGUAAUUCAGGAGAUUUAGAUGAAAUUACACCAAACAUUACUAAUAGUGGAAAUAAUAAUCAAUCAAGAAUCUUAAAAAAACCUAUUCAAAGUAUCCGUGAAAGUUCUCCAAUUAAUUGUAUACAAAUGCAUCCAUUAGAUGAUCAUUUUUUUGUCGGUACCCAAGAUCCAAUUUUAAGAUUAUAUGAUAUCCAUACAAACGAUUCAUUUACAUCAUCACAUCCUAUUCACCAGCAUUGUUCUAGUAUUAAUGGCAUUAAAAUCUCCCAGGAUGGAUCAAUUGUGUGUACUUGUAGUGAAGAUGGUACCAUCAAAUUUUGGGAUUCUGUUAAUUUAUCUUGUAUAAAUACUAUAUAUGGAGCUCAUAAUGGAUUCCCAGUACAUUCACUCUCAUUUUCUUUAUCUCAAAGAUACUUGGUAUCUUCAGGAGGAGAUGGGAUAGCCAGGUUAUGGGAUCUUAGAAUGGGAAGAGAAUUAGUUAAGUAUUCGUCAGGCUUAAGAAGUUCUUGCCAUUCAAAGGUAUCGCUUUUAGUAGAUGAAAGAUACACUAUUCUUUCUGCUGUAGAUAGUGCUGGAUCAUCUUAUAGCAAGAUAAUAAGUAAUAUCUCAAGUCCAAUUGAUGAAAAUAAAUCAGGUGUAGAUCAAAGUUCGAAUAUAAUCAAAGAUCACUCUAUAAUGGUUCAAAAUAGAGAAGAGUUUGAUCCUUUAUCUAUUAACAUAGGAUUAAGAAUUAAUAAUAAAUCAAACCUAUUUAGUUCAAAAAUAUGCAACCAGUUAAAAUCUAAAAAUUAUACUAUAUUGGAUCAUCAAAUCAAACAAAAUCCCAUUGGUGAUCUUUUAAUUUUUAACACAUUAUCAGGAAAUCUAGUUGGUACAGUAGAAGGAAUUCAUGAUGCUCCUAUUAUGAAUUUUGAGCUGUUAUAUAAUAACAAUCUAAACAGCAAUAUGAGUAAUAAUGUUUCAAGCAACAGUAUUCAUAAUAAUCUUCCAUGUUCAAUUUCAGAUUGUUCAUUAGUAACUGUAAGUGAUGAUGGUAAAUGUAGAAUACUGGAUUUGAAUUAUUCAAGCAUCUUAUAA